AUGUCGCAUAACUCGAAGUAUUAUGUCAAAAGACUGACAAAAAAAGAUAGUAAAGGCCUUACAAAAGUGAGUGACUUCAAAAAGUCUUCCGGCGGCGAUAUACCAAACAACCUGUCAACUAGUGAAUCAACAUCCAACACUGAAUCGACCGUUCAGACGGAAUGUUUACCCGAAGCAAACGUCAAUGUGCAUGUAACCAGCGACGAAAGUCCGGCAUUAACUUUAUCGGUAAAAAAGAGAAGCAGCGUCGAUAGACGAAAAUUUAAUGCUGCCAAAUAUGAAUCUGCCUUCUCUUGGCUUUAUCACAGUAGUGUUACAUGUGGCUACAUGUGCAAGUAUUGCGAAUUGUUUGUUUUUGGUGCACAUUCGAGUUGUAAGCCAUUUGUUACAAAGGGUGUAAAACUUGGGACACAUCCUUCAAGAAAAUUGAAAAAACAUGACCAAAGUAGCGAACAUAAAGCGGCUGUGCAACACUAUGCACUUUCCAGGUCAAAUGUAAAUGUGUAUCAACAACUGAAGGCACAGGGUGAGGAUCAGAUCCAAUACAACAGAGAGGUUGUCAAAAAAAUAUUUAAGUGUGUUGAUUUUUUGAUCAGACAAAAGUGGGCAGCAACAGAAAAUAUGGCUAAAGUUGUAAAAUUUGUUGCAGGGUUAGGUGUGAAAGAUUUACAACAAUACUUAAUCCAAUCUUCAUCUCACUCUGUGAAAUAUGUCUCUUCAAGCAGUGUUACUCAGAUGAUCACCUGCAUAUCAAAUCUUUUAGAAAGACAGAUUUUACAUGAUAUACACGACAAAGAGUUCUCGUUUUUGGCAGAUGAGAGUGCGGAUCUUGCCCAUCGCAGUCAGCUUAGUAUUAUGGCUAGAUUUGCUCAAGCUGACCAGACUGUGAAAACACAUUUCCUAGGGUUCGUUCAACUAGAGAAGGGAACAGCUGAGGCCAUAAUGGAAGCUAUACAAGGUUUCUUGAUAGCAAAGGACAUUGACAUCGCAAAUAUUAGAUUCAUGGGAUUUGAUGGAUGCAACACAAUGAGUGGUAUUCAAAAAGAUUUGCAAAGAAGGAUUAGGCAUGUAAGUCCAUUUGCUGUCUAUAUCAACUGUAGGAACCAUCGCUUGGCUCUGUGUUUGGUCCAUUUGAUCAAGCAGUUUCCCCUUCUCCAGGAUGUUGACUCGACUCUACUUUCUUUGUGGAAAAUGUUUGAAUUUUCACCCCAGAAAACAGCCGUUUUCAAGCAUGUGCAGGCUGUGUAUGGCAAGGAGCCACUGGCAAUCACCAGAGCUGCAACAACCCGCUGGCUCUCACAUUUACAGGCUUCGGCUAGAUUUGUGUCAAGGUACACCUGCAUACUAGACACACUUGAUGACAUAUAUGCACAGAAGAAAGAGCCUGAGGUAUAUGGUAUUCGUUUGGCUGUGACAGACAAAAAGGUGGUGGCAACAAUUCUUUUGCUCUGCGACAUACUAAAGCCUGUAAAUGUGCUUUCAUGGUAUCUCCAAAAUGAAAACAUCAACUUUACACCCUUGCCACAACAUGUCAAAACCACAACAGACCAGCUGCAUGCUUUGGUCACAUUAUACCAGAGUGAUAUGGCUGCCGCUAAUUUGGAGCUCAGUGAGACAGAGUUUUCCAAAUGUCAUGGGCUUUUUAGAGAGAUAGAUGACAGGACAGAUUUGCGUCGUCGAAUGAGGCAAGACAAUGCUGCAGUUACUCCGGAGUCAUUCCUCAAUGAAACGGGAAUUCCACUGAUCUUCAAUCUUAUACAGGAGGUUGAAGAUGCUUUUUGUACAGGCGCUCCAGUGUUGACAGCAUUUGGAUUCUUGGAUCCCCAAAACUUGCCAGACACUAUUCAAGAAUUGGGUGACUAUGGCAAGACAGAAAUUGAGAGAAUUGUCGACUUCUAUGGGACUCCAAAGGAAGACACUCUUCUAGGCCAUACUGUCAAUGUGCCUUCCCUUAUGGACCCUGUGAUCCUACAGACAGAGCUAAACAGCUUCAAAAUCCAGCUGUUCAUGUUGAGACUCAAACUGUCUCAGUUUUUUGCUUGUAGCUGA